AUGAAUUUAAUAAAAACCAACUAUUCACAAGAAGAAGAAGAAGAAGAAUAUAAUAAUAGAACAAGUACAAAAACAAAAAUAGAACCGGACAAAGUAGCAAAGCCAGGAGAACCCAUUAUAUCAACUAAAAUACAAGAUAAAUAUUAUAUAACACCAAAUAUAGAUAAAUAUCUUUCCAAAAAUAAUAUAAUGCUGGGUAACUAUUCUUCAUUUUUCUUCAUUAAUUUAAGAUUGAAUUUGAAACAAAGAAACGUCAUUAAUAAUCUUCUCACCGAUUUGCAUAAAACUUUUAAAAAUGAAAACAACCCAUACAGCAAAAAUAUUAAAUCACUGGCUUAUUCCGAUCUAGGCGCACCCUUGCCUUUGCAUUUAUCUCUAACCCAUAAUAUAAUAUUUGAAAAUCAAAAGUAUAUGGAUGAUUUCUUUAGUUAUUUUAAAACUAAGUACACUAAUAACACUAAUUGCAAUGGAUUUAAGCUCCAGUUUAAAAAUAAGUUAAUUUAUUUACCUAAUGAGGACAAUACCAAGAUAUUUAUUUGUUUGGCUGUAACGGAUGAAAUAUGCAUAAAGUACUUAAAGCCACUUCAAAAUGAUAUCUCAGAUAUAUUAUCUGGAUAUACCAGCUAUAUAAAUAAAAGUUUUGCGGAAAAUACUAUCCCUCAUGUAUCCAUUGGAAGUAUAAUCAAAACAACAAAUGAGCCUUUUAAUGGUACCGGCACAGAUAUAAAGUUUCCUUGCUAUGAACUGGAUAAAAAUAUUACCGAACAAUUGGAGAUAAAUUGUCAUGAGAUUAAAGCCACUAGGUUAAGAAGUAAUAUAACAUUUCCGUUACCGUACUAA